AUGAUACUGAAGAACGCCGUGUGGCUCAGCGCCCUGCUGGCUAUCGGCGCCCAAGCCAAGGCCGACGAGCCAACCAUCAAGAAGCACAAGUUCGAGACGCCGCCAACUGGCCUCUUCUUCUUCGACGACACCGAGACCGCCCUGACCAUCGAGUAUGGCAACAGCAAGGUGUGGCGCACCACCAACGCCGGCCUGGACUGGGAGUAUCUCGACCGCCCGCUCGGCGAGCGCCAGGUCGUCGGCAUCCUCCACCAUCCCUACAACAACAAGGUUGCCGUGGCAUUAGGCAAGGAGAAGAAGCACUGGUACACCAAGGACCAGGGCGAGACAUGGCGCACCUUCGAGACCGAUGCCGCCGCCGGCCAAUCCCCCAUCAGCUGGCACACCGACGACCCUGAACGCGUCCUCUUCCACGGCGCUGAGCGCUGCGAUCUUUUUGGAGGCUGCGUCGGAAAGACCUGGUACACCACGAAUGGCUUCGAGCAUUUCCAGCCGCUCAUCGAUUCGCGCAAGAUUUGCAUGUGGGCACGCAACACCGACGUCUUCACCACCACCGUCGACAAGUACGACCAGAACCGCAUCCUUUGCGUCACCGAGGGCAAGUUCUCGAAGCAGCGCAAGGACUACCGCCUUAUCAUCACCGACGAUUUUGGGGAGACGGUGGUCGAGCCACCCUUGUCCGAGGGUCGCACUGUCGCCGGCAUUGCCCACUUGGCCUCGGCCAAGGGCUACAUUGUCGCCGCCGCGAAGGCCGAGGGCACCGAUGAGAUGGCUCUCUACGUGACCGACGACACCCGUACCUGGCACAGAGCCGAGUUCGGCCAAGACCACAAGCUCCAAGAGGAUGCCUACACCAUUCUGGAGUCCACCAACUACAGCAUUCAAGUAGACGUCAUGUCGUCCUCGUGGACCGACAUGGGCAACAUGUUCACUAGCAACUCCAACGGAACCUACUUUACCCGGAACAUCGCCCACACCAACCGCGAUGGCUCGGGUUACGUUGACUUUGAGAAGCUCACCAACAUCCAAGGCAUCAUUCUCGUCAACACCGUGAAGAACUGGGAGGCGGUUGAGAAGAAUCCACUGUUUGAGUCCAAGAAGCUCCACUCCAAGAUCAGCUUCGAUGACGGGCGGACAUUCCACGACUUGCACACGGAGAAGGACCACAUCCUUCAAGUGCAUUCCUACACGGAGCAGCACAACAGUGGCAAAGUCUUUUCCAGUCCGGCGCCAGGCCUGGUGAUGGCGAUUGGAAAUACUGGCGACGUCCUCAGGCCCUACAAGGAAGGCGACCUCUGGACUUCGGACGACGCUGGCAUGACCUGGCACAGAGCUCUUGAAGGGCCCUACAAGUACGAAUUUGGAGACAAGGGCUCUUUACUCGUUGCCAUAAAGGAUGGAGAACCAACCGACACGGUUCAAUAUUCUCUGAACCAUGGCAAGGAUUGGAAAUCGACCAAACUCCCAGACAAGGUCACUGCAUACGAGCUCACCACUAUUCCUGAUUCUACUGGCAUCAAGUUCGUCCUGAUAGCGAGCAAAGGCGAGGAAGAGUGGUCCAUCUAUACCCUUGAUUUCGCUGGACUUCACGAGCGCAAGUGCAAGGAUGACGAUUUCGAGAUUUGGCACGCCCGUAAGACUGAAGAUGGCAAGCCCGGCUGCAUCAUGGGCCGCAAGCAAUCAUUCCGCAGACGCAAGCCGGACGCAGAUUGCUUCAUCCUGGACGAAUUUGUCGAUCCUGAGCCAAAGUGGGAGACGUGCAAGUGUACUAAGGAGGAUUACGAAUGCGAUUUCAACUUCAUCCGCAAGGACGGGGAAUGUGUUCCGGCCGGCCCAAUCCCUGUGCCCAGCGGACAGUGCAAAGAAGGGGAUAAGCAUUUCGAGGGCAGUUCGGGUUGGCGCCUGAUUCCUGGCAACAAGUGUGAGAAGGAUGGAGGUGUCGUCCUUGACAAACCCAAGGAGCGCGACUGCAAGGAUUCUCAGAAGUCACCAGCGAGCGGAAAGGUUGAGCAUACUUUCAACCGUUUCAAGAAUGCUCGCGACUUCCGGGAGUACUACUACCUGGAAAGAACCGAGUCCACGAACCGUGAAGAUACCGACGAGACUAUUGUCAUGCUUGAUGAUGACCGCACCGCUUGGAUAACACACGACCACGGCAAGACUUGGAAACAGGCCGUGGAUGAUGAAGUCAUCACCAUUUACCCUCACCAGUACUUCAACGACAUCGUCUACUUCUUGACCGGGGGUAAAAAGGUCUACUACUCCAAGGACCGCGGCCUGCCCAACAGCAUCCACUCCUUCGACGCUCCGGAUCCACCGACCAGAGAGAGGAUAUCAACUCUCGGCUUCCACCCACACGAGAAGGACUGGAUCCUUUGGACCGGUCGACAAGACUGCGAAAGUUCCAGCAGCGAUUGCCAUUCCGUAGCUUACAAGUCGACUAAGGGCGGAAUUGAAGGAAGCUGGGAGCCGCUUCUCCGCUUCGUCCAAAAGUGCCAGUUCGUUUGGAGGGAAGAGCGCGAAGACAGUGAGCAGCUCGUCUACUGCGAGCAGUUUGCUAGUGAAGAUACCUCCAAGCCUCUCCAGCUUCUGUCUAGCACCGACUGGUUCGAGACCAAGAAGGUGCACUACGAGGACGUUGCCAACUUCGCCACCAUGGCAGAGUUCAUCAUUGUCGCAAAGAAGACGGAUGAUCACAAAUGGCUCAAGGUGGACGUCAGCAUUGAUGGCAAGACCUUCGCCGAUGCCAAGUUCCCGCACAAGUUCAACCUGGAACAUCGCCAGGCUUACACAGUUCUGGACAGUUCUACACACGCGGUUUUCCUGCACGUCACCAUGAACAACGAAAGAGAUCAGGAGUAUGGCUCCAUCCUCAAGAGCAACAGCAACGGGACGGAAUAUGUCCUCAGCAUCGCCAAGGUCAAUCGCAACGAGGCUGGCUAUGUCGAUUUCGAGAAGAUGCAGGGCCUAGAAGGUGCGGCAUUGAUCAACAUCGUCGCCAACGCCGAUGAAGUCGACCAAGGCGCCUCAAAGAAGCUGAAGUCUAUGAUCACCCAUAACGAUGGAGCGGAAUGGGCUCUGAUCCCCCCUCCUGAGAAGGAUUCAGACGGCGCCAAGUAUCCUUGUUCUGGUGGCCUCGACAAGUGUUCCCUGCACAUUCAUGGUUACACCGAGCGCAAGGAUCCUCGGGACACUUUCUCCUCCCCGUCUGCCGUCGGGCUUAUGAUGGGCGUUGGUAACGUUGGAGAAUAUCUGGGUCGCUACAAAGACGGGAACACGUUCGUCACGAGAGAUGGCGGUAUCACCUGGCAUGAGGCCAUGAAGGGAACCUUCAUGUGGGAAUACGGCGACCAGGGUUCCAUCAUUGUCAUUGUCAAGGAGUCAGAACCUGUUGACACGGUCUACUACUCUCUUGACGAGGGCAUCAAGUGGGAACAGUACAAGUUCAGUCCUGACAAGCCAAUCAUCGUCGACUCGAUUUCGACCGUUCCCAGCGACACAUCGAAGAGCUUCCUCCUCUGGGGUCGCUCGGACGGUCUCGUCACAAUCAACUUGGACUUUUCCGGACUGUUUGACCGCACAUGCGAUCUCGAUGAAAGCAACCCUGAGGCUGGCGAUUAUGACCUGUGGGAACCAAAGCAUCCAAUGCAGCAAGAGAACUGCCUAUUCGGCCACAUUGCCCAAUAUCACCGCAAGAAGAUUGGCGCCGAAUGCUGGAAUGGACACGAUAUUCAGCAACUGCACAACAUCAAGAAAAACUGCACUUGCACCAGGACCGACUUCGAAUGUGACUACAACUUUGAGCGUGAUGAAAAUGACGGCAGAUGCAUACUUGUCCAGGGCCUUGAUCCGGUCGAAAACGAUGCUGUCUGCAAGAACCCCAACGUCAUUGAGUACAACUACGUUACAGGCUACCGCCGAAUCCCCCUGACGACAUGUGAGGGCGGUAAGGAGCUCGAUCUUACCGCUGGCACCCGGCCAUGCCCAAACAAGGAAGAGGAGUACAACAAGAAACACGGCACUUCGGUCAUGGCCAUCUUCUUCGCCGUCAUCGUGCCAUUUGCAGCGGCGGGCGCCAUCGGCUGGUACGUGUGGCGCAACUGGGACGGCAAAUUCGGCCAGAUCCGCCUGGGCGACAGCCACCCCACGUUCGACAGCGACAGCCGCUGGGUUACAUAUCCGGUCGCCGCGGUUUCUGGUGUCGUCGCCGUGCUGUCGGCCAUCCCUCUCCUGGCGGGCUCCCUGUGGCGCAGCGCGUCGAGCCGACUCGGCGGCGGCGGUGGAUACUCUGGCCAGACGUUCACGACUCGUGGCUCGUUCGCACGGGGUAACUACGCAGUGGUGGAUCCGGACGAGGGAGAGCUGCUGGGUGAAGACAGCGACGAGGAAGUGUGA